UUGUGUUUUUUGGGCGCGUCUGUGGCACAGAAGAGGCUCCUCUCUCCCUCAAUAAACUGAAUAUUGAUUAUCUGGAGGGUCUCUCUCCCUCAAUAAACUGAAUAUUGAUCAUCUGGAGGACCUCUUUCCCUCAAUAAACUAAAUAUUGAUCAUCUGGAGGACCUCUUUCCCUCAAUAAACUAAAUAUUGAUCAUCUGGAGGACCUCUCUCCCUCAAUAAACUAAAUAUUGAUUAUCUGGAGGGUGGGAACCUGAUCGAGGUCCAGCUUGUUGAGAGGUGGGAAAUGUGAGUGGUAAGAAAAGGAACGUUUUGAAAGCUUUUCAGUUUGAAUUUUGUCAGGUUUUUUCCUCCCUUUUUUCCUUUUAUGGUACUGUGGUAGCUUAAUAAAGGGUUUUUUUUCCUUAUUAUUAAGUUGGGCCUGCUCUGCUCUAUUUCCCGAUCGCGUCUCACAGCAUUUGAUUAAAAAAUUGCAUUUUCAUAGCGCUGUGCCAGUGUCAGACCAUAACGGAGCAGGAGAAGGGAGCAGCGGUGCGUGGAAUGUUCUGGUGGAAGCGACGUGGGGGAAAACCGGGAUGUUACAAAGGACCUGUGGUCACCACCAUCGUUGGUGGGCAUUCCACGUCCACCGUUGGUGGAAACGGAACCGCCGCGGAACCCUCAGUGUCCAUCAGGACAGCGACAGGACAAGACAAGCAGCUCAUGUCUUGCCUCUAAAACCAUCCCACCUCGGUUUUUUCCUCCUUUCCGCUCGUUCUUUAUUAUCCAACAUGGAGAGAAGACCUCCAAGGUGGCCCAAAGUGGCUUUCGAGGAGGUGGCGGCGGCUCCUGAGGAGAGCAGCUCCUCGGUGGAGCCCACCACGGUGACCAUGGUGGAGGAGCUGCAUCUCAAUCCCGCAUGGAUUCCUGAUAAGGCAAAAGAGAUCCUGGAAUUCGUCCAAGUUUUUGCCAGCAACCCCACAAAGUUCCAGGACAGGGAGCAGAUAUUGGAAUUCCUCCACAACAUCUGCAUCCUGUGCCGGUAUUCCAAACUCCACAACUUCUCCGAGGAGCUGAGGGAUUUCUGCAUCAGAUCCCAGCUGGCGGAGACGGUGCAGCUGCUGCUGGAUUUGCAGCCCAAAUACGUGAUCAAAGACCGGGUGCACCGCUUCGCCAUGCUCGCCUUGGCCGAGCUCAGUGCCAUCGGGAUCGUGCUGGAGACCAAAAAAGUUUUAAGACUUUGCUUCAACAGCGUCUUUUUACUCCGUCCGUUCUACGAAAUGUCGCGCCUGGAAGUGACGCUCUGUACUCGGACCCUGCGCACACUGGACACCAUGCUGGAGGUGAUGGUGCUCAGCUCUCCUGCCCCCAAAGUCGCCGAGGUGCUGCAGGACAUGUUGGAGAUGCUCGUGCAGUACCUGCUCUCCAACUUUCUGGUAACGCAGGAGAGGGUCGUGGGCAGGAUUAAGGCGCUGGGCCAUUUGCUGGACAGAUUUUUCACCAAGCAGACCGAUGAAGAUGAGGACAACAUCUUUGCCAGGGGACAGAUCCAUAUCCCAGUCCUGGGGAAGCUGCUGGGCCAUCUGUUUUUCAGGCUGUACCGGCGAGAAAACAGAAUCAAUAUUGUGGUGAAUAUUCUCUGCUGCCUGAUGACCUUCAUCUAUGCGCAGAAAGGUGACCCAAUGCCAGAGGGUGACAUCCAGCCCCCGGAACAUUGGGAAUUUGAGAUCGCCUCCUGGGUGAACGCUCCCAAUGCCUGGAGAGUUCAGGCCUUGGGGCGAUACCUCCGGCCUGCGGAGAGGACGGGAGUCGUCCUUGCGGCCAUCGAGCUCUUGGGACGCACCGCCGUCCUGGGCGAGAAACCCCCGAUGGAGUUCCUGGAGGAGGCCAUGAAAUACCCUGAGGUGUGGCUGAUGGAUGUACCAAAGAUCGUGACGCACAUCUUCGCUUCUUAUGACGAGAACAACACGACGACCGCCGGCAGCUUUCACUCCCUCCUUCUCCUGAUGGUGAAUAGGAGCCCUGAGCAAGCCGUCGCUGCAGCUCUGGAGGCCACACCGAAUUUUAGCUACAAAAUGCAUCUGUGGAAGGCGAUGUUCUCCGUGCACCAGACGCUGGAGAAGGUCCUGAAGGAGCUGGAAAUCCACAUCCGGGAGCGCCGUAACAAAAAAUUCACUCAGCAGCAGAAGAAUUGCUUCUCUUUCUUAUCUAUGCUGGCCUACGGUGACGUGCAGGAGAGCAAAGUGAGGCCACUCUACGAAAACCUGCACCUUCUCAGUCAUCCAAAGAUAGGAAUGGUCCCUCUGGUGCUCAGGGCUCUGGACACGCUGUCGGAGAGCGCCGAGACGGCAAAAAAAAUGAAGAGCCUCUUGCCCGAGGUGGUGAAAUUCCUGGGCCAUCGUUCUUGGCACGUUUCCAUGAUGGCCCUGGACAUUUUGGACAAUGUGCUGGGGCUGCUGAAGAAGAAGGAGGCCAGCAGCGUGGCGGUGAACGUGGCACAGAGGCUCUGGUGUCUGUUUGAUGCGAAGGAAGCCUGCUUGCGGGAGCGCUCCAUCUCCCUCUUCGCAGAGCUCCUGGGCAAAACGGCAUGGAGGGACAAGAGAGCCAUGAGGAGAAACUCAUGGGAGGCCCUGGUCCGGCUUGUUCUUCACAUGAGCGACAUGGUGCCCAGCGUGGCCAAGGCUUCCAAAAAUGCCGUCCUGGCCGUGGCGGAGCUCCUCAGCUGGGAGGAGCUGAAGCAGCUGGCGCAGAGGGAGCAGAUGUGUAUGAUGGGCGAGUGCUUGCUGGCCAAGGACAGCUGCAGAGUUGAACAAUUCGUGCAGGACACCAAACCUUACCUGCUGAACUCUCAGGCCCCCAUACGAGAAGCGGCUCUCCGGUUCAUCAGGUUGGCCGCGUGGCACCUGACGGAGCAGAACGAGGACGCCCUGACCGCUGUCCUCGAGGGACUUAAAACGAUGAAAGAAAGAGAGAAGGAUCCCUCCAUCCGUUCCCUGGCGGAUCAGACCGAUUUGAUCCUGAAAUCUCUGCAGGAUCGCCAAAAAUCGGGAUUUUCGCUGCGCUCGCUGUGCUGCUGCGUUGCUGAGCGCCCGGGGACGCAAAUUCCCAACAUCCAGCAAAUCAUGAGGUGUGCAAAGGAUUUUUAAAGUCAGGAGAGAGGGAUCCCUCCAUCCGUUCCUUGGCGGAUCUGACCGGUUUGAGUCUGAAAUCUCUAAAAAAUCAGCAAAAAUUGGGAUUUUUCCUGUGCUCACUGUGCUGCUGAGCGCCCGGGGACGCAAAGUCCCAACAUCCAGCGAAGCACGAGGUGUGCAAAGGAGAGAGAAGGGCGGGAAACGUGAGGGGAGAAAAUGGUGGGAAACGUGAGGGGAGAA